AUGAGAUUGCGAUCGUUAUCCCAUGCUCUCCGAGUAGGAUGGCUUAAUUAUGGUCAUGGAUGUCUGUUCUAUGGCAACUCUCCAUGGAUACGAUACAAUUCUACUACCGGUCAUAAAGUAGCGUGUAUAGAAGAUCUAUCUAUUGGUCAAUCGGUUGAAAUAACAAGAUCAUUUAGUCAUAACGAUGUUAAGCUAUUUGCUCAGCUAAGUGGAGACAAUAACCCUUUACAUCUGGAUCCCGACUACGCCAAGAAUACUCAAUUUGGACGUUGUAUUGUACACGGAUUGUUAAUUAAUGGAUUGCUAUCAGCUCUACUUGGGACGAAAUUACCAGGUUAUGGAACGAUCUAUGUAUCUCAGGAUAUAAGAUUUCAUUCCCCUUUAUAUAUAGAUGAAGAAGUCACUGCUCUUGUCCAAAUUAGUAACAUCCGAAGGUCAACUGUUUAUGCAGCUCUCACGUGUACCGCAAAAGAGAGAAAUGAGGUAGUACUGUCAGGCCAGGCUAUUGUUAUGAUACCCAAAAGGAACCAAAUUCAAAGUGAAUAA